CCACUACAUUUCUCUUGUAAUCAUUGAAAGCAGACGACCAGAGCGAGAGCAGGCACGGCGAUGGGCUCUGCUCUUCACCUCCUCCUUCUGUCUCUCUGUGUCGGAAUGAUCCAUGGAGAUGGUUUCACAGUGAGCCAACCGGAUCGACUGGAGGGUGUGGAAGGGGGGUCGAUCGAGAUCCCGUGUACAUUCACCUACCCAGAUACACACAAACCCACAGGGUAUGACAUUGCCUGGAGAAGAAACGAGUUUCACGGGGAAUUUAUCCUCAAUAAGUCUCGGGGAUACACUCACCCUGAAUACCAAGGGCGAAUUGAAUUCCUGGGAGAUCCGGCCAAGGAGAGGACAGGGACCAUCCGGAUAAAGCAGCUGAAAACAAGGGAUACAAACCGCUAUUUCUGUCGGUUGACGACAACAGGAAAUCGUUAUGCGGUCUGGCAAAGCGUCUCAGGGACCUACCUCACUGUCCGAGCGCAACAACCAAUUCCUUCCAAAUCCACAGUCAAAACCACCACGGUUUCAACAUGGCAACCCACUUCUUCUACAACCAUGGUAAAAACCACGGGAAAACUUCAGAAGCUGCCCUGGAUUGUAGCGAUUGCGUGUGUAGUGAUAGUGCUCAUUGCUAUCAUGGUGAUAGCAGCUACCAUAUACUGCAAGAAGAAACGUCAGCAGCGAGGUAAUAUCAGGAAAGGGAGCAAGGACAUCGGUCGAGGUCUGAACGGCUCCCCAGUGAAGGACGUGGGUCAAUCCCAGGAAGAUCCUGGCGCACCGUGCCAACCUGAGACAGCGGCCACUGGUGAGGUAAGACCCAGAGGUGGAUGGAGGUGGCAAACUCGGGAAAUGGCAAGGGGGUGUGGGUGGGGGAGGACACUUCCUCACAGCAUCCUCGGGAAUCUGAUGGGAUAAUGUUGGAAAUAGGAGCGGGUGGGCCAUCCGCACACCCCAUUCCCACCCUGAGCCUGCUCCACCGACAAUAUGGGAGUGAGGUCAAAGUUCAGCCGCUAAGAUCGCUGCCAAGUGACGGGAAUGGUGGAGUCUUCCCAUGCCUCUUUCUCAUAUCCCCAGUUCCGUAGUCUUUUCUUUUUGCCUUGAUGUCCUCCAAGAAUUCUGGCAUUUCGGACAGAGCGGGGCAUGGCGGUGCACAGCAAGAUCCCACGGAGCUGUGGAACUGCUGUCCCCCACUGGGUGACAGCUGGUCCCCCUUCUCACCCCUUGUCCAGCCACUGGUUAUAUCUCCCAGCCUCCCUCGCUCUCCC